AGCACCUUUACAAGGAGCUAAGGCCCAGGAUUAGCUUGGUACUUGCCUAACCCUCGCAAAAGAAGGCUGUGUAGUAGCUCCUCACGAUACGGCGGCGCUACGCCUGGGCUUGGGCCGACAAAAGAGCUCUCUCACUGCUCCUCUCCCGACAGCCUCUCUCACGGGCAGCGCUGGUGGAUGAUGGACGACUACCUCUUCGACGGCCUCGGCCCGUCGCCCGAGGCCCUGCAGGCCUGGGACGAGAGCCGCGCCGCGCGCGAGGCGGCGGAGCAAGAGCGCGCGCCGCCGACCAUAGAAGAGCAGCUCGAGCAUGAAAAAGCGCGCGCCGCGGCGCUCGAGGACGAACUGAAGGCGGCGCGCGGCGAGACCGAGGCCUGGGUCCGCGCCUGUGUGGAAAUCAAAAUUUUACGGCGCGUUCUGAAUCAUCGCGUCGUCCUCCACGCCAUCGACGCGAGCACCCGACACACUGGUUGAUUUCCACACAGGUCCGCGCGACGGCGGCCCUCGCGAACGCGCUCCUCCUGAACCCGGGGCAGAACGCGGGCUACGCCGCGACGGCGAAAAGUGUCCUGCGGAGCGCCUUGUCCUCCAUCGGCUUCGUGACGGGGCUGCGGUACUGCGACUGCUCCUUCCCCGCGAGCGACGCGUCGAAGCCGGAGAUCGUCUUGAGGAGGUGGUCGUCGCUCGACGACAGCGAAUGGGACGUGUCCUGGACGCCCAUCUGGACGGCGGAGGCCUGCGUCGACGGGUCGCGGGGCAUCUCCUUCACGACCCUACUGAAAGUGACGAACAUCGCGCUGAGGGGCCGCAUCCGGCUGACCUUCGCGGCGGACGGCUCGCAGCUGAAGGUGAGCUUCCUCGAGACGCCCGCCUUCCGCUGCGACGUGGCGUGCCACGUGACCCUGGGUCAGGUGCCGCUCCCGAUCCAGGCGGAGCUCGGCCGAGUCGUGCGGGACGAGGCCACGCGCUGGCUCGACCGGACCAUGGUCGCGCCGAACGCCUACCGGAUAGUGCUCUCGAAGCGGAAGCCGCUCUCCGACGACGACCUGGCGCGCGCCAUGGAGGCCGCCAAGAUCGGCGCGGAGCGCGCGGUCCUCGGGUCGCGGUUCCCCUCGUCGCCGUUGCCGGACAAGCGGGGGCCGGGCAAAUUGUAAGUUGAUUUAUUU